AUGCCUUUUAUUUCCAACAUUCAGCGUCAAUCUGAUUUCAACCUCAUCGAUUCCAACACUCCCAUUGUUAUAGACAAUGGCGCUUCCUAUUUCCGCAUAGGUUGGGCAGGAGAGUCUGAACCUCGAGUUAUCUUUCGCAAUAUUGUGCAAAGGCCACGCCACAAAGUAACCGGGGAAACUGUCACUAUCGUGGGUGACCAUGAUCCUGCGUUACUGAAAUACUUUGACUGCACUCGGUCAGGACCACGUUCUGCAUUUGACAGUAAUGUUGUCUACCAGUUUGAAACAAUGGAAUAUAUUCUUGAUUUUGGAUUUGACCGGAUGGGUGCAACUACUGAGAUUGAUCAUCCUGUCCUCAUCACCGAAUGUGUAUGCAACCCAGUCCAAUCUCGUUGUAAAAUGGCAGAACUUCUUUUUGAGACUUAUGGAGUUCCAUCAAUUGCCUUUGGUGUUGAUGUGGCAUUCAGCUAUAAAUAUAAUCAACAACAAGGAGUUUGUGCUAAAGAUGGUCUUGCUUUGUGUCCUGGAUUCAACACUACCCAUGUGAUUCCGUUUGUAGACGGGGAGCCAGUGUAUGAAGGAUGCUGUCGUACUAAUAUUGGUGGGUUCCAUGUGACUAAUCAGUUGAAGCAACUCCUUUCACUUAAAUAUCCUUAUCAUUUGGCUAGAUUUACAUGGGAAAAGGUUGAAGACCUGAAGAUGGAACAUUGUUACAUUGCACAAGAUUAUGCUUCGGAAGUUCGGUUGUUUCAGAACGGAGCCAUGGAAGCCGAAGGAAAAACCAGAUAUUGGCAACUCCCUUGGGUUCCACCCCCAACUGAUGAGCCUCCUUCCGAGGAAGAGAUUGCAAGAAAGGCAGCAAUUAAAGAGAAACAAGGCCAAAGGCUCCGUGAAAUGGCUGAGGCAAAGAGGUCUUCUAAAAUAAAUGAACUGGAAAAUGAAUUGCACGGUUUAGAGUUUCUUUUGCAUCAGCUUGAACAAGUGGAAGAGAGUGAGGUUCCACCAUUCCUGGCAGAAACUGGCUAUGUCACUAAGCAGGAGAUAGAGUCUGCACGUAAUAAAGUUAUGCAAUCUUUACGGAAAGCAAAAGGUGAACCAAAGAAUGAACAAGCUGAAACUGAGAAGGAUGAUCUUGCCACUAGCGAGAAGUAUUCUCUUAUAAACAUUCCCGAUGAUAUGUUGAGUGAAGAGCAGCUCAAUGAAAAGAAGAAACAGUUGUCCCUCAAAUCUAUGGCCGAAGGGAGGCAGCGAUUAAAACAGAAACGCUAUGAAGAGGAAUUGGAACGAGAGAGAAAACAACAGCUAGAGGAGGAGAAACGCUUAGAGAACCCGGAGCUUUAUUUGGAGCAAUUGCAUGCUAGAUACAAAGACCUUUCAGAAAGAGUUGACCAACAAAAACGACUUAAGACAAAUGGAGGCAGUUCAAACGGAAAUAAUCUGUCUAGUGGUAUUGGCCGUGGUGAAAGAUUGAAUGCUGCUCAGAGGGAAAGAAUGCGUCUUCUGACAACUGCAGCUUUUGACCGUGGUAAGGGUGAAGAUACAUUUGGUGCUAGAGAUGAAGAUUGGCAGCUUUACAAAUUGAUGAGCAAAGAUUAUAGUAACGAUGAUGAUGAAGAACCUGAUGAAGAUGAAGUAGAGCUGGCCCGCAUCUCCUCUAGGCUACAGGACUUGGAUCCAACAUUUAUACCCAAGUUAGAUGCUGGUACCACUCAACCUGCUGAGGUGCCUCGCUUUCGUCCUCUGACCAAAGAAGAUUUUCAGAUUGUUCUUGGGGUCGAAAGAUUCAGAUGUCCUGAAAUACUGUUUAAUCCAAACUGGAUUGGGGUUGAUCAGGUAGGAUUAGACGAGAUGGCGGGGGUCUCAAUAAGGAGAUUACCAUACAAGGAUGAAAGCUUGGAAGAGAGACUGACCAGUUCCAUACUUGUUACUGGUGGAAGUUCUCUUUUCCCUGGUAUAGUUGAACGCCUGGAAGCUGGAAUUCGGAUGAUUAGACCAUGUGGCUCACCUAUAAACAUAGUGAGAGCAUUGGAUCCAGUCAUGGAUGCAUGGCGUGGGGCUGCUACUUUUGCCUCAGACCCACAGUUCCAUAUGCAAACUUUCAGUAGACUGGAUUAUUAUGAAAAAGGUGAAGACUGGCUUCGCAAAUAUCAACUGCGGCAUACAUUGUGA